AUGAAAGGGUCCUCCAGAUACUCCCGGUCCCGUCAGAAAGUCUGCGACAACUGCUCGACCGCCAAAGCAAAGUGCGACCGCGGCCAAGGAAAGUGUUCGAGAUGCGCAGCCCGCGGCAUCCGCUGCACGUAUCCCGGCGCCGACACCUCUACGCGAAGCUCCGAAGCGCCCGAAGACCAAGAUGCCGUCGGCUCCGACUCUCCGGACCGGCACCGCUCGGCCCGGGGGCACCGCGAGACGCCCGACUUUGCUCAUCUCAGGCUCUGCUGCCCCAUAAACGUGGACGACAUCCAAAACCGCUGGCUGAACCUCUUUGUCCCCAUGCCGGGGCAGCAGCCUAAACAGUACCCGGCAGCCAUCACCCUGUUCAUCAGCCGGGUUCUGAAAUCCUACGUAGCAGCCGCGUCAAGAGGUCGCACCGUACCGCCCUUUAUACACCUGCUGCAGAUGCGUGUCCUGGCAAGUGUGCCGCCGCUGUCCAUAUGCCUCAGCCUGAUGCGCAUGUGUGAGCAGCCCGCCCCCGGGAGCGAGGGCGUCAUCGUCGACCUCUUGCGCAGGGAAAUGGCAACCAUCUACGCAAACCGCAGCGGGUACGACCACGCGGCCAUGCUGGCGGCCUUUCAGGCCUUUCUACUGUACGCCAUGUCCUUGUUUUUCACGCUCGCCCAGGGCCCGGACGCCGGCAUGAGGGAGGCCAUGCUGCACCUGCAGGAUCUCGCGGCCAUGAGCUGCCGGCACGGCCUGGUGUGCGCCGAGGAGCAGCAGCGGGCUCGGCCGAACUGGGAGGCGUGGGCUGUCGCCGAGGCCAAGAGGCGGACUCUCUUUACAAUGUAUCUAUUUGACAGCGUCCUGUCGUCUCUCGAUGGUCUUCCCACGUUCCUGGGCACGGAGCUGGCGGGACUGCCUGCCCCGGCCUCCAGGGUGCUCUGGCAGGCGGAAGAGAGGGGGGCUUGGGAAUCGUCGUACAGCCUGGAUCUGGCUGGCUGGUCUACUGGGAGGCUUCGCAUUGAUGAGCUUUGGCCAGUGUCGUCGGAUAUGGGGCAGGCUGCUGUUCUGGAACGGUGUAAUAGGGUGGAUCGAUGGCUGGAGGAUGUGGACGAGUAUGGGACGAUGCUUUAUGCCGUCACGAGCUGUACGCAUGGAACUUGA